AUGACAGCCGUUACAGCCGUUGAGCCUGUUGUCAGUCUCAAGUAUGCAGGAUACAGAGGGGUGCCGCUUGAGAACGGGAUCACACAGUGGCUCGGCAUGAGAUAUGCUGCUGCUCCAUUGGGACCCUUGAGGUUUGCACCACCUCAAGAUCCUCCACCUUUUGAUGAUCAGAUUCUUGCCAUUGAAGCUGCUGACAAGCACGGCCCUAUAUGUCUCGCCACGGGCGACAAUCCAGCGAAUACAGCUACGUCUGAGGACUGUCUGUUCUUGGACGUGUAUGCACCAACGAAUGCUGCGACUGGAUCAAGAUUACCCGUCUACGUUUUCAUCCAAGGAGGCGGCUUCAAUUCUCUCUCAAAUGCCAACUACAAUGGCAGCGGCCUGAUAGCCGCCGCCGAACACGAAAUCGUCGUUGUGACUUUCAACUAUCGUGUCGGUCCGUAUGGGUUCAUUGCUAGUCGAGAAAUUAGCGACUCCCCUUCUGCCACAGUGAACAACGGACUGAGGGAUCAGCGCAAGGCUCUCGAAUGGGUUCAAAGUUAUAUAUCACUAUUUGGCGGUGAUCCAGACCAUGUGGUUCUGGGUGGCGACUCAGCAGGUGCUGCGUCCAUCGCUCUACAUCUCACUGCAUUCGGUGGCCGCGAUGACGGCUUGUUCGUAGGUGCCGCUGCUGAAUCAGUUAGCUUCGCAACCGUCCUCACGGUUGAGGAAAGCCAGUAUCAAUACGACAACUUUGUGGAGCGUGUCGGCUGUGCAAAUUCCAUAACAGGCAAUUCGGAUGUCAACACCCUCUCCUGCCUCCGAUCCAAAACUUCACAAGAACUUCAAGCCCAGAACAAGAACAUCCCAUACCCGGGCUCUCAGGGUGCUCCUCUUUUCAUGUGGAACCCGGUCCUGGACGACGACCUGAUACAGUAUUACACAUACGACGCAUUCGCACACGGUGACUUCAUCAAAGUGCCCGUAAUCUUCGGCGACGACACCAAUGGUGGCACAGUUUUCACUCCACGAGGCACACAGUCGCAGGCGCAGUCAAGCCGGUUUCUGCACGACCAAUUCCCCUACCUUACCACCGACCACCUCGAACGCAUCAACACUCUUUUCCCCAACCAGGGUCCCAAUUUCCCAGAUUCCGGCCCAUUCUGGAGACAGGUCAGCAACGCCUACGGUGACCUGCGAUACAUGUGCCCGAACCUAUUCAUCUCCACCGCCUUCGCUCGCCACGGCAACCCAAAGCAGAACUGGAACUACCGCUUCAACGUGCGCGACCCGGCCCUCACACAACAGGGCCUAGGGGUACCGCACACGGUGGAGAUCGCCGCGAUCUGGGGUCCAGAAAACGUCCACGGCGGUUGUCCAAACUCAUUUCGACCUGGCGCUGAAAAUGCCUGGGUCGUGCCUUUCAUCCAGGGCUACUGGACGAGUUUCAUCCGCACCCUAGAUCCUAAUCUUCAUCGUCAACCAGGCACACCCGAGUGGAAGCCCUUCACUUCUGUUGGGGGUGUGGCUGCUGAAAGUCAAGACACCGCACUGAAUCGGUUGCUCUUUGACACGAGUAGUACCAGCGGUAUGGAGACUGUUGAUGCUGCCAAGAGAGGUGCUUGUCAGUAUUUCAGCUCCAUUGGAGCCCAGAUCCGCCAGUGA